CCAUAUAAUAUGUAUUUCAUAUAUUUUUUCUUUCUGGGGCGUCAAACAAGGCGGCUACUAUAUAAGAUCAAAAACAGUGGCCGAACGCCAAUAAAACUCAUCUCCGUCCUCUUGAUCUCCUCCCUUCCGAAGAAACCCUAUCUAUCCCAGAAACAGCCUAAUUAACCGUAGCAAGAUGAUGAGCGAUAUCCUUAUACAGGCAGCUCUAAUUCUGAUUUCUGUAAUUAUGUAUUUAGCUAUGCACAACAUCCCUCAGAAAGCCCUUGCUAAAUUCCGAGAAUACCGUGGCCGAGCCGGGGCCGAGGCCAAGCGCCAGUUCGUCCUCGGCGCACAGAUCUUAGCGCAAGCCAGAUCUCCAUCCAACUCCCGCUCCAGAACAAUCUCACUGGCCAAACAAGCCGAAGAAGCCGCCAUCAAAGCUAUUUCCCUCGAUCCUAAAGACGCCGCAGCUCAUAUUUUAAAAGCCCUAUCCCUGGAUCUGCAAGGAUUUAAAUCGUCGGCUCUGGAUUCUCUCGACGUGGCCUUGUCUCCGUUGGCAGUGAAGUCCUUGAGCGAGAGGGAAAAAGGAGAUGCGCUGUUUAAGAGAGCGGAGUUAGUCAUGGGAAUGAACAAGAAGGAAAAGAGAGUUGAGUCGGCGAUUGAGGACUUGAAAGAGGCUGUAGAAUUGAGUAAAGAGAACGCCAAUGCGUUUAGGUUAUUAGGGGAGUGUUACGAAGUGAAGGAAAUGAGUGAAGAAGCUAAAUUUGCUUAUCAAGAAGCUUUGAGAUUGAAUCCUGAUUUGGGUUUGGCUAAAGAUGCGCUUCAGAGGUUGGGAGUUUAGAGCAUCAGUAAUCAACUUCUAUAUAUUUGCGUAAUCAACUUUUGAGAUUUGUUGUUGUGAUAAAUUCGACGCCUUGGCGUACAUAAUGUAAUCAACAUUUGGGAGAAAUUGCAGUGAAGUUUUCUUAUAAAAAUCUCUAUAUUAGACAA